AGGCUACCUCGAUGGCACGGGCCAACGGCUUCAAUGCCAAGGCGGUGGACCAGUUUUUCACCAACCUCGUCACCCUGCUGGAGAAGUUCAGCUUCGGCCCCGGCCGGAUCGUGAGCCUGGAUGAAACUGGCAUCACGAACGUCGCCGUCUGCCCCAAGGUUCUCGCGCCGACCGGCCGAAAACAGAUUGGGCAGAUCACUGCCGCGGAGCGCGGAACGCUGGUGACUGCGGUCGGCUGCAUCGCCAACGACGGGAACACCAUCCCGCCGGUCCUGCUGUUCCCGCGCCUGCGUGUGCCCGUCGAUCGACUGGGCCGGGGUGCUCCACCGGGGACUCUGACGCUGAACUCGGCGACCGGUUGGAUGACUGCCGAGAUCUUCGCUACUGAUGUCCUCCCACACGUCGUCCGCCACACGAAAGCGAGGCAGGACAACCCCAUCCUCCUCUUGCUGGACAAUCACGCGAGCCACGUCUCCCUGGAGGCCGUGCGAUUCUGCCAAGCGAACGGGAUCCACCUGCUGACGUUCCCACCGCACUGCUCGCACCGGCUCCAGCCGCUGGAUGUCGCAGUGUACGGGCCGAUGAAGUCCGCCUACAAACGAGCUCUGCAUGACCACCAGAUGACGAAUCCCGGACGGCGCAUCGACCUGUACCAGAUGGCGGACAUCUUCCGGCGCGCCUACGACUGCAGCUUCACCAGGAAGAACAUCCUGAACGGGUUCGCAGCAUCUGGUGUGUCGCCUUUAAACAGGGACGUCUUCGACGAGGCGGACUUCGCGCCAGCGGCGGUCUCUGUGCCGGUGUUGGUCCCGUCAGCGGGCCAGCCCGCCGUGGCAGAGCCCGAGCCGCCCGCUGCGGCUGUGGCUGUGCCUGUGCCUGCGCCAGAGCCUGACGGACCCGCUGAAGCCAGUCUGAGAAGCCCGGAGAGCAUCCGACCCCUCCCGCGGCUCCAGGUCAGCGAGCGAAAAGCUGGCCGUAAAAAGGGACAGUCCAGAGUAAUGACCAGCACACCAGAACGGGCAGUUCUGGAGGAGAGUCAUCUUGCGCGCACAGAAAAGAACAAAAGGAAAAGAGUUCUUCAGAGUGGAGAGGGGCCGUCCAAGACGUCGAAGCGCACGGCCAGCAAACUGAAAUGAUGGAGGCGACUCUCGCACCACUCAACCAUACCUGUGUUUGUUUCCAGAGCAAUAUUUGUUCACCAUGUUUUUUUCAAAACUGUCUGUUUUGAAGCGUUUUGUUGCUGAUGAAUCGCAUACAAUAAAGAUACGUUAU